GCUCUGCCUGCGCCUCCCGCGGACACUGUGCCCAGGAAACCAGCCCCGGCCCGGGCCUGCUCUGCGCUUCCCCAGGAGUGUGGGGCUCUCCUUUUGCACGGAAGCUCCAGCGAGGCCAUGUUCACCGGGAACCCGUGUGCUGGGGGGUCAGAGGCUGGAAGGAGAGCGUGUUGGGGGGUUUGCACAGAAUCGGGGCGCUUUGUGCGCGAGGUUCCCCCAGACUCAGAGCUGGACGCGGGAAGGACGGGCGCGACUGCUCCGCGCUGGGGACGCUGUGGGGUUUGCACCCUGAAUGAAUCGUUAAAAGUAAAACUUGGUGCUGUAUACAGGCUGGAGAGAACAGUUAGCAGCAUUAUUCACUGUGGCCAACAUAUGGAAACCAGAAAAGUGUCCUUCAAUAGAGAAUUGGUGAAAGAAGACGUGGAACAUAGACGCCAUGGAAUACUAAUAAGAAAAGAUGAAAUACUGCCAUUUGGGACAGCGUGGAUGGAUCCUGAGAAUAUUAUGCGACAUGACAUAACAUUAUUCACUGUGGCCGAUACAUGGAGACCACCAAGGUGUCCUUCAAUAGAGAAUUGGUGAAAGAAGACGUGGAACAUAGACGCCAUGGAAUACUAAUAAGAAAAGAUGAAAUACUGCCAUUUGGGACAGCGUGAAUGGAUCCUGAGAAUAUUAUGCUACAUGACAUAAGUGAGGCAGAAAAAGCUGAGCACCAUGUGAUGUCCUAUGUGGGAUGUCAAACUAAUCUCAUGGACACAAACAGUAGUGUGCUGGUUGCCAGAGGGGAGUGUGUGGGAGGAGGGGAGUGAAGGGGGACUUAUAGUGACAGAAGAGGAUUUGACUUUGGGUGGUGUGCGUACAGUACAAUAUACAGCUCUUGUAACAAAUCCACACCUGAAACCUAUAUGACCCUAUGGACCCUUGUCACCCGAAGACAUUUUUUAAACAAAAGAAAGUGAAAAAUAAAUAA